UUCAGUCGUGAAAUUAUUAGCUAUUCUUUUCAUGGUUCCGCCUUGCGAUUCUGUGGACUUACAAAACUGGCUCUGUUUCCAGGGUCAUGUGGGUUUUUCAAGGGGUGGUAUUAGAGAGCUCAGGGACGUGCGACUACCAUUCACAAAUCGAUAUUCGUAUUUUCAGGAUUUGUAAGGUUAACGUGACAGUUACCGCAUGGGUCACGGGAAUUUUGUUGUAGUGACGUCGUCGGUUGGGCUGAGCCAAACUAGUCUUUGCUCAAAUUAUUCAGGCCCCUGGUAUUAUCUGCUUUGCUGACAUUUGACACAUGUGUUGGCUAUAUCUGCAGACCAUUUAGUUAGGUGGAUAGUAACUUGCAUUUAUUUCUGACGCACUUUUCUAUCUGUGGUCAGACAGCUAGCAUACCUGCAAGCGGUGCGCUUCAUUUUUAUUGAUGGGCAGGACUCACAUGUGAAAUGUUUUGAGGGACCGUACACACGAGAAAAGGAAAAUGUAAAGACAGCUUUACAGUUGAUUCGAGCUGAGGAGAACGUCUACGUCGGGGACGGGGGAUUUCUCGAUCUUUGCUGGCAAAGCUGGCAACGUCAGUUUCGAUUCCUGUUUUUAGUAAUUGACAGUAGCCUAAACGUGCGUUUGCGGAGAGCUACCUAGCUAGCUCGUUAGCUACACCAGUCAGGCCCUUUCUCUCCUCGUAUUCGUGGCUAUGGAGCAUGCAGGCUGUGUUAACAUUUGCAGUCUAACCAGUACAUUACCCGUCAUACCUUAUCAGAAAUUGACGGACUUGCACUACCUGAGUAAAGGAGGUUUCGGGACCGUAUUUAGGGCUCAACAUUGCGAUUGGCGCACUACCGUUGCUAUAAAGUGUCUGAAAUUGGAUUCCCCUGUCGGCGAAAGGGAGAGAAACUGUCUGCUGAAAGAAGCUGAGGUCCUUCACAAGGCCAGGUUUAACUACAUAAUCCAGAUUUUUGGUGUAUGCAAUGAGCCAGAGUUCUUUUGCAUAGUCACAGAAUAUAUGAGCAAUGGCUCCCUUGAUGAACUGCUUCACGAGAAAGCCAUGUACCCAGUGUUGGCGUGGCCACUGCGACUGCGUGCUCUGUAUGAGAUAGCCCUUGGUGUGAAUUUCCUCCAUAACAUGACCCCACCAUUGCUGCACCAUGACCUGAAAACUCAGAAUAUCCUUCUGGAUGGAGAAUUUCAUGUCAAGAUUGCUGACUUUGGCCUGUCAAAAUGGCGCCAGUUAUCCAUCAGUAAAGGCUCCAGCUCUAAGCCUACAGAGAUGGGGGGCACGGUCAUCUACAUGCCCCCUGAGGAGUAUGAGCCUUCAAAGACACGCCGCGCAGAUGUCAAGCAUGACAUGUACAGUUAUGCCAUCAUCAUGUGGGAGGUGCUUGCUCGAAGGAUACCUUUUGAAGAGGCGACCAACCCCAUGCAGAUUAUGUUCAGCGUUCUGAGGGGCACUCGACCGGACACCAGCCUGGACAGCCUUCCAGCGGACAUCCCCAGCAGAGAGACCCUACUCCAACUCAUGACCAGUGGCUGGACGGCAAACCCAGACGAGCGGCCCUCUUUCAUCAGCUGUCUGAUAGAGCUGGAACCCAUGCUCAGAGCGUUUGAUGAGAUUGAUGUUUUGGAAGCGGUUCUAGAGGUGAAAAGGUCAAAGCUCAUGAGGAGAACAGGAUGCUGCCCCUCGUCUGUGGUGGUGUGUGAGAAGAAGACGAAUACAUGUGAUAAAGAGAUGAACAUUGCCUGGCCUGACAGCUCCACAUCAGGAUCUGGCUCCUGCUCCUCCCAGGAGGCGGACAUCUCCCAGCCGGCCUUCCUCACCAUGAACAACAGGCCCCCCUCUUGCGGCCCCAAAGGUCCUGCUUCCUCUCCAUUCAUUUCUCACACCACACUAGACCCUCCCAAGCCCCUCAUAGACGGGAACAACCUGGAUGAAUGUCCCACGAUGCCCCAACCCCAGACGGACUACAACAUCCCCAUGAAGCCUGGGCCAGCGCCGAGUGCCUGCGACCUCCCCAUCAGCGGACUCACCCUCCAGUACCAGCCAGCACUCUGCUCCCCGCCGAACUCGCUGGGCCCGGCGGGCCGCUGGAUUGCGGCGAAGCGCGAGGAGGUGGUGCGUCAGAUGACGGAGGCGUGCCUGAACCAGAGCCUGGACGCGCUGCUGGCCCGCGAGCUGCUGAUGCGCGAGGACUACGAGCUGGUGGUCAACAAGCCCACGCGCACCGCCAAGGUGCGGCAGCUGCUGGACACCUGCGACCGCCACAGCGAGGACUUCUGCCGCGUGGUGGUGCAGAAGCUCCAGGACAACAAGCAGCUGGGCCUGCAGCCCUACCCCCCCGAGCUCGGCUCCCCGACGUCGCUGCCGCACCCCCCUCCCCCCCUCCCCAGCGCCCCCCUGCUCUCCAGCUCCUCGUCCUCCUCCUCGUCCUCCUGGAACGCCCGCAACUUCUAAGCUUCAUUCGGCGUGGAAGAGACUGAGAGAGAGGGGGGAAGAGCGAGAGAAAGCAUGACCAGGGCUGCUGAUGGAUAAAUGAUCCAGUCCUGGGUGUGGAGUUUGUUGUUUUUGGUACGUGUCUGUUCUGGUUGUGUGUGUGUGUGUGUGUGUGUGUGUGUGUGUGUGUGUGUGUCAGCGCUGUUGACUGAACUCGCUGUGUGAUUUAAGUGUCCAUUCCCCGGCUUCUGAGAUGGAGAGCUAUUCCAGUCCCUUAUUUUCACCUGAUGGAAAAGCCAUUGUUAUUUGUUCAGAGGAUUUAUCUGAUUCAUUUGUGAAGUUCUAGAGGCACCAACUGCAACUCUCUCUCUCUCUCUCUCUCUCUCUCUCUAUCUAUCUAUAUAUAUAUAUAUAUAUACACACACACACACACACACACACACACACACACACACACACACACACACACACACACACACACACACACACACACACACACACACACACACACACACACACACACACAAAAUCCAAUACAACAAAAGCCCAAUGUGGUGUCUUAAAAAAAGAAAGAAAAGAAAAUGCAAUUCUUCCUGGUGUUCAGUGUCCUAAUCCUCGCUGAUGAUGACUGACCGCAGUGGUGAAGUCAUCCUUUUCAUUGUUUGUCUCUCACUGUUUCCCAUCAAAUCUCUCCCCUUUCUUAAGUCUUACUCUUGUGUGUUGCUAUUUGAGAAAUUGCACGUCUGAAAAAUGGACCAAACAGCGCUCUGGACAUUCUUUGUGCCAUUCACUUUGAGUGAAUAAGGGACGUUUUAGCACUCAUCCGUGUGUGUGUGUGAUGCCAAGUCAAACAAAGACUAGUUAUUCAGAAACGUGUAGUAGUAUCAGCUUAACAGUCCUCUCUGGGCAAAAUAGAUUGACUUGUCAUUGGAGCCAUUUGGCCAGGUAUGGUGGCGGUGGGAUUAUAUGACACCACCCACAACCACACUAGAGUUACACUAGAGCGUGGCGCAACCAGGUUUAAGAACCUCGACCUGUCUGCAGCUGCACUCACAAAGCAGAGCUUCAUCUGAGCUGCUUGGCAAUACAUGCACCUUGGCAAUAAUUAUAAAACCUCAAAAAACUACGGACCCGUGACACGUGAGACUGUCUGCUGGAAGGCGCCUGUGGCUCUAAGGCAUGCUGUAGUAAUAUUCAGUGUCAACAUGGACAUGACUGGAAACCAGUUGUGUAGCUUCACACAGACAGCCCCUCUCAACUUCUCCUUGUAGUCCGACUGUCUUUGCUCUGACGAUGUUCUCUGUUGCCCUGCUGUUGUAUCGACUUUGUAAAUCAGCUCAUGUACUCUUGACCUUUUCUCCAGAGGCCAGCACAGCAGUUUGGAAAUCAACAACACAGCAGAAGUGCGUUCAGCCCAUGUAGUCAGACUACAAGUGCAAGAGCCAAGCGCGCUUUGUUUAUGGUUUCCUCAUAGGGGCUCCUCGUCCGUUGCCUUGUUUUUGCUUCCUCUCCCAGAUCUGGUUUCACUUCCUCCGCCAAUGCCUGUGCUGCACGCCUAAAGCGGCGUAUAACUCGCUCCUCCUGGUUGCUUUAAGGCCUUAAAUGUCAUGAUCUGUCCGAUCUUAGCUGGUCAAGGUUUUUCGGGGGGGAAAAAAAACAUGAGUGAGGUUCAUAGUUGAUGCAGAGGUCCUACGUAGAGGUCAUGGCCAGUUUGGCUGGAAAGAUGGCUUAAAGUAACUCUAUUUCAACAUGUGACAAAUGGGGUCUUUUGUAAUCAUGGUUGAGAGUUGAAACUGAAUCAUAGGCUACACCUAACAUAGCUCCUCACCACUAGAUAACCAUUAGGAUUAUUCAUGACUCAUGACUGGACGAAUUCAUAGCUAACAAGUGGAGAAAAAAUAGAGGAUCAUGAUCUCAAACUUUCUGGACCUCCUGGGGAAGAAUUGAGGACCAGUAGACUACAGGCAUUAGCUGCUGUGUGUUGUUGUGUGUGUAUGUGUGUGUGUGUGUGUGUGUGUGUGUGUGUGUGUGUGUUUUAUUGACAGAGAAGACUUUUUUUUGAGAGCAGAAUGUUACUCUAAUUUACCAGGAGGAUGAGUUUUUAUGUUUUUUUUAUGUUAUUAUUUAUUCACUUAAAUGUCAAUAUAUUAUGUGCCACUGAUGUGAUGCCAUGUAGCAUAGUUGCCAGAGCUCACAUCUGUUACUGUUUUACUGCCUUUGUAUGAUCUGAUGAGUUCAGCAUUUGCACUGAAAAGGUACUGUACAUAUUCCAUAUUUUUCACAGCAUCUGUAUCUAGAGUAUAAUCUUAACAAAAGCACACCGGGAAAGAUCAGUAUAGACCUGUUUCUUUUUUUUUGGUAUAAAAAUCUUAACAAAUAUCAUCCAUUUAAGUAGAUCAGUAGGUUAAGCAGAAACGUUUCUUCUCCUCAUCAGGUUCAUCCUUUAAAACAACAUUUUUGAAUCCAGUAAGAUAGAUUAUUAUUCGGCUGUUGAAAUCUGUUGCCUUAUUUGUGAGUCAUUCUGUAUUUUCAGAUGAAAAAAAUGCACAUGACAUGACUAUAAAAUCUACAUGACAAUAAUGCUGAAGUAACAGCGGUAGCAGAAAUAGAGGCUGUCUGUACUGUUCAUGUAGAUGAUGAAGAUCAUUUUAACAUCAUUUCUAUCAAGAUGAGCUUUGCCACUGUCAUUAAAAUGGGUAUUGUUUCA